AUGGGCAUGUUCCCGGAGGACCACAGGAUUCACAUCCCCACGCUCAUCAAACUGUGGGUUGAUGAAGGAUUUGUGAAACCGGUGGCCGGUAAAAGCUUGGAAUCAAUUGCCAGAGAAGUGUACCUACAUGGUCUCGUCAUCAGAAUCUUGAUCUUGGUUCGUGAGUGGGGACCUACUCGAAGAAUAAAACGGUGUGCCAUCCACGAUCUCCUAAGAGGCCUGAUUUUGUUACAAGUCCUUGACUGUUUGAAAAAAACUAUGGGGAGUGAGGACAGUGAAUAUGAAGAAUUAGGACAAAAACUGUAUCAGAGCUUAUACGGCCGACGGUAUCUGAUUGUGAUGGAUGACAUUUGGGGUACGGACGCGUGGGAUGGGGUGAAGCGCUUCUUUCCCGAUAACAAAGACAGGAGCAAAGUGUUGUUAACCACUAGGCUAUCGAAUGUGGCUUUGCAGCUGGAUGGCCCAGACUACUUCCAAAUGCCUUUUCUGAAGGUGGACGAAAGUUGGAAUCUGCUGCGUAGGUGUGUGUUUCAGAAACAACAAGGGUGCCCGUCGGAAUUGGAAGAGAUUGGGAAGGACAUUGCCACGAAUUGCGGAGGCCUUCCAUUGUCAAUUGUCGUGAUCGGAGGACUCCUAGCAAAGUCUGAACGGACACGUGAAAACUGGCAACACGUUUUAGAAAAUUUAAGCUCAAUCGUGAAUUUAGAGGAAGACGAGCGUUGCUUUAGAAUACUAAAGUUGAGCUACAAUCAACUGCCGGUCCACCUGAAGCCGUGUUUUCUCUACAUGGGCAUGUUCCCGGAGGACCACAUGAUUCACGUCCCCACGCUCCUCAAACUAUGGGUUGAUGAAGGAUUCGUGAAAACGGUGGCCGGUAAAAGCUUGGAAUCAAUUGCCAGAGAAGUGUACCUACAUGGUCUCGUCAUUAGAAAUCUAAUCUUGAGCUUAUUUGGCAGACGGUAUCUGAUUGUGAUGGAUGACAUUUGGGGCACGGUGGCGUGGGACAGAGUGAAGCCCUUCUUUCCGGAUAACAACAAUGGUAGCAGAGUAUUGAUAACAACUAGACUAUUGAAAGUGGCUUUGCAACUGGAUGGCCCGAAUUACUUUCAGAUG